AUGUCCUCAGAAACAUCAAAUGUACCAGAAGUCGCUAGGACUGCAGCGCAAGAGGGACCGUCAUGUUCGCAGCCAACCACUAAUCCACAACCUAAACAAAAGGCACCUCGUUCAAAGCGAAAAAGUCCUAAUCCAGCUACCGAACCAGAUGCACCGUCAAGUCGAGUUGUAGAGUCGCUUAACUCACAGCCACCUUCUGCUCGCCGUUAUCAGCCGCAUUCUGAAUAUGUUCGUCCGAGACAUCCACCAAAUGGUGGCGCGGAAUAUGAUUCAGAUGAGGAUGAGAUGGAGUUGAAAUAUGGUGCACAACAUGUGAUUCAUCUCUUUGUACCGGUAUCACUUUGUAUGGCAUUUGUUAUUUUUACAAUGAAUACAGUCGGUUAUUACAGUCGUAAAGAUGGACAGUACCUGAUAUAUACGCCAUUUACGAAAGAAACUGACAAUGCAGGCGAACGGUUGAUGAUGUCAUUUGGAAAUGCACUUGUCGUUCUUUCAGUUGUUGUUGUUAUGACUGUUCUUCUAAUACUCCUUUACAAAUUUCGUUGGUAUAAAGGUGAAUAUUUGACAACCUAUAAAUGUUNUUUUUUUAAUUUAAGAGAAGUAUUCAAAAGUUAUAACACUCCAAUUGAUUACAUAGCGGUUAGUUUCGUGAUUUGGAAUUAUGGUGCAAUGGGAAUGAUUUGUAUCCAUUGGAAAGGACCUCUUAGACUUCAGCAGGGUUAUUUGAUAAUGAUGUCAGCAUUAAUGGCGCUAACCUUCAUAAAAUAUCUUCCCGAAUGGACUGUAUGGACUGUGUUAGCUGUGAUCUCAUUAUGGGAUUUAGUGGCCGUCUUGUGUCCCAAAGGGCCAUUACGAAUUCUUGUUGAAACCGCGCAAGAACGGAAUGAACCAAUUUUUCCAGCACUCAUCUAUUCCUCUGGAGUAUUGUAUGCGUAUACGAUGGUUAGUAAUGGAGCGAAUGGUGAUGAGAUCCUAGACAAUAAUGGUCUAUCAGUAAACAACAACGAUGAACAAGGUGACACAGCAACAACAUCCACAACUGUAGCUCCAGUUGAUGGCUCAACAACUUCAUCAGAAAGUUCACCACCAUCCACUUCUGAAUUGUUAUCGCCCUCGUCCAAAACUCAUACUACCGACACUCAGAAUAAACCAGUCAGAAGAUAUGCACCUCUCCGUGCUAAUGCCAACGUCAAGAAAGAACCAUCACAAACGAAAACGACCAAUCGAAGCAAUGUGGCUGACCGUGAUGGUGCCGACGUAAAAUAUGUCAUACCAUCAAGUUGCAGCAAUGAUCGUCCAUCAGCUGUCGUAAACACAACGUCAACUCGCAACGAUCAACAGGAUGGUGCGAGGCUAGCUGCAGGACGUCGACCACUCGACGGUGCUUCCGAUGCCGAUCGUCUUCAGAAUCCGUUACCAGUAGAAGAAAGAGGUAUCAAACUUGGUUUGGGUGAUUUUAUAUUCUACAGUGUUUUGGUUGGAAAAGCGAGUAGUUAUGGCGAUUGGAAUACAACAAUUGCUUGCUAUGUUGCGAUACUUAUUGGUUUGUGUUUUACGUUGGUAUUGUUAGCCGUAUUUCGCAAAGCGUUGCCGGCAUUACCGAUCUCAAUCUUCGCUGGUCUUAUUUUUUAUUUCUGUACUCGUCAAAUCGUUACUCCGUUCUGCACGGCCGUUUCAUUACGCCAAAUCGUCUUUUAG